GACGUAGCGAGAGACUGGUUGCAGUGCCGCUCGUCUCUGUAGCAGCGCAGCACGUAUUGCGCAACGUGACUAACACCCAGGUCGCCCCGUAGCCGCCAAUCCAGCCGGUAAAACACCGUUAUCCUACAAAGUGGGAUUGGGAAGUGAGCCGAAGAGAAGCUCUUCAUUUUAUUCUACACCAGAAUCAUCACAGGAAUCGGGUGCACGCGCCACACUCCCUAUACCGGACUCACCCACCUCUGCAUCCCCACAGAGAUGACUCGCGCACGGUGUCGGAAGUCGUGAUGUAGCCGUUAGUGAGCGAGCGCACCAGCUAGCCCCUGAAGCAACAUCGCGGUUCAAGAACUCAACGGCUUGUAGCAGCAGGCAACCGUUUUUUCCCCCGAGCAUCAAAUUGCAAUAGAAUCUCGCUAGGAUGCAAAUGGCAGCGCUUUUAACACAUGACAGUUCAUGUAUUCUAUCUAAACAAGACAUGCCAACCACUGGAACCGCUGAGGAGCCAUGUCCCUGGAUAUCAUCUCAACCAUUCUGCAGCCAGGAGCAUCAGUGUGACCACUCAGUGAGGAGCUACGAGGGUAAGCACCAACGUGACGGACGGGACUGAAUAGACAUCAUUAUUGGGUCCCACCUACCUGAAGCAGCCUAUUCGAUCCACUGUCAUCACUGACUGUCUUUGGGCUAGGGCGGUAGUCUUCUGCUCUGCACCGUCUCUCCUCCCUGGCUCUCUGUUUGCUACAGAACCGCCAAGACAUCCACUGGCUCAGUAUACAAGCAGUACACCACUUUUGCAAAUUAAUUCGUCAGCACUUGAUUUAUUGUGACAGUGUACUGAGGUGAAAACGCGCCUUUUAGCUUUUGGCGUUCAUAAAUUACCGUUGCAACGCAUUCACAACAUUGGAGGAUUGGAGCGGCAGCGGUGUUCUAUCUAUACACGCGAGUUUCAUCGCUUCUCCAACCUCUUUCGUCAACCCGGAAAGGACUUCUUGGCUUUGAGAGCUGGAUAUGUUGAGAUUAACGUAAAGGAUGGAUCUAAUAAUAUCUGUUUUGGGGAUCCUGACGCUGUUACUGGAGGGCAUCAGUUGCCAAGGAGUGUACGCGCCCCCUACGGUCCGCAUCGUCCACUCGGGCCACGCCUGUAACGUUGAAGAGGAGCGCCACGCGGAGAGGGUGUACACAAUCCGGGAGGGAGAGACCCUUGAACUCACCUGUCUUGUCACAGGACACCCACGGCCACAGAUCCGAUGGACCAAGACAGCAGGCAGUGUGUCUGACCGCUUCCAGGACUCGAGUGUGUUUAACGAGACGCUGCACAUCACCAAGAUCCAGAGACACCAAGGGGGACGCUACUACUGCAAGGCUGAGAAUGGCUUGGGCUCCCCGGCCAUCAAGUCCAUACGGGUCGACGUCUACUUCCUGGAUGACCCUGUAGUGACGGUGCACCAGAGUGUAGGAGAGGCCAAAGAGCAGUUCUACUAUGAGAGGACAGUGUUCCUGCGCUGCAUGGCUAACUCCAACCCCCCUGUCCGCUACAGCUGGCACCGCGGACGAGAUGUCCUCUCACAGGGCUCUGACAAGGGAGUGGAGAUCUACGAACCAUUCUUCACACAGGGGGAGACAAAGAUCUUGAAGCUGAAGAACCUUCGUCCUCAAGACUAUGCCAACUACAGUUGCAUCGCUUCCGUUAGGAACGUCUGUGGCAUUUCCGACCGAAACAUUGUCUUCAAACUCACCAACAAGACAGUGUCUCCGUCCAUCAAGCUGCUAGUGGAGGACCCCAUUGUGGUGAACCCUGGCCAGACGGUGUCCCUGGUAUGUAUCACUACGGGUGGGGAGCCCAAACCAACGCUGAGCUGGGUCAGCAGCUCCGACAGCCUGCCUGAGAAAAGUGUGGUAAAGGGUGGAACACUCACCCUGCCGGCCAUCACCUCAGACGAGGCUGGUGUAUACAGCUGUGUGGCCACUAACAACGUGGGCAACCCAGCCAAGAAGUCUACCACGAUAGUGGUCAGAGCGAUGAAGAAGGGCCGUUUCUGGAUCACCCCUGACCCCUACCACAAUGACGACAACAUCCAGAUCGGCCGUGAGGUCAAGAUAUCCUGCCAGGUGGAAGCCACGCCCCCUGAGGAGCUGACGUUUGGCUGGCUGAAGAAUGGGCGCGCCUUGCGUAGCUCCGAGCGAAUGGUGAUCACCCAGACAGACCCUGACACCUCCCCUGGCACCACCAACCUGGACAUCAUCGAUCUGAAGUUCACUGACUUUGGCACCUACACCUGUGUGGCUGCGCUGAAGGGAGGGGGCAUACCUGAGAUCAGCAUUGAUGUCAACAUCUCCUCCACUACUGUUCCUCCCAACCUGACAGUGCCGCGGGGUAAGAGCCCCCUGGUGGUCCGGGAGGGUGACACGGUGGAGCUCGAGUGUCUGGUUUCAGGGAAGCCCAAGCCCAUUAUCCUGUGGUCUCGGGCCGAUAAGGAAGCGCCCAUGCCGGACGGGACCCUGCAGGUGGAGAGCUACGAUGGGGUGUUGCGGAUUAUCAACGUGUCCAGAGAGAUGACCGGCUCCUACCGCUGCCAGACCAGCCAGUUCAACGGGUUCAACGUGAAGCCCAGGGAAGCUGUGGUGGAGCUCAUCGUACAAUACCCUCCAACGGUGGAGCCUGUUUCGUUGGAGAUGCGUCAGGGCCUUGGCCGGCCAGUGGCCAUGAACUGCCGGGUCCUGCGUGCCCACCCCUCCCGGGUGCUGCGCUACGAGUGGCGGCUGGGGAACCGCCUGCUACACGCUGGACACUUCGACCAGAGCGAUGAGACGGAGUACACUGUCAAAAGCCUCAACCGCGAGGGCUGGGGGGAGUACACCUGUGAUAUCAUCAAUGAGGCCGGUGCCGGGCGCUGCACCUUCUUGGUAACAGGGAAAGCGUAUCCUCCAGAGUUCUACUACGACACGUACAGUCCGCUGUGGCAGAACCGGCCUAGAGUCUAUGGCUUCAAACUGCAGUGGACCCAGAUGAAUCCCAACGCUGUGGAUCGCAUUGUGGCCUACCGCCUCGGCAUACGCCAGAUGGGACAACAGCGGUGGUGGGAGCAGGAGAUCACUGUGGAAGGAACCAUCACCAAGGGAGAGCUGAUUACACACAACCUGACAGAGCUUAUCAAGCCAGAGGCCUAUGAGGUGCGCCUCACCCCAAUCACACGCUUCGGAGAGGGGGACUCCACGAUCAGGAUCAUCACCUACAGUGCUCCCGUCAACCCUCACCUGAGAGAGUUCCACUGCAGCUUCGAGGAGGAGCCCAUCUGCAUGUUCACACAGGACAAGAACGACGACUUCGAUUGGACGAGACACAGCGCCGCCACCCGUGACACCAAGUACACGCCCAACACCGGGCCUAGCGGUGACCGCAGCGGAUCCAAACAGGGUUUCUACAUGUACAUCGAGACAUCCCGGCCUCGGAAGGAGGGUGAGGUAGCAAGGCUGGUCAGUCCUUUCUUCAACGUGGCACCCAAGAACCCAUACGGCAUCACCAAUCCCCCGGCAUACUGCUUCGGCUUCUUCUUCCACAUGUAUGGAAAACACAUCGGGACCCUGAACGCACUCCUGAGACAGAAGGGUCAUGCAGCGACAGAGGGGCCCACCUGGUCACUGAGCGGUAACCAAGGCGACCACUGGAAACAGGCCAAAGUUAGCAUCCACCCAACUGCCUCUUUCCAGGUGGUGCUGGAGGGUAUCCGAGGUCCUGGUAUUGAGGGGGAUAUCGCAAUUGAUGAUGUCACCCUGGAGGAGGGGGAGUGUAGAGAUCUACCGGCCGUUAAUCUCAGAUCCGCUGCCCCAUCUACAUCUGCCCAUAUAUGGCUGCUGAGUGUCACCUUGGCGAUGACCUUCCGGUGGGGUCAUAGGUGACCCUGCCCUGCGCCAUCUGGCGGAGGCAAACGGGCCGAACCGGUCUCGGGCCCGACCUCGGCCCUGGUGUCUGUGUUAUUGUACCCUCAGCAUCCAAUCACCAAAGAUUCAUGCAUUCAGAAGGCGGCGGCGAGGGAAUCCAAACACAGACCACCAAGAGGGACGAAAAUCUUUAAAACAGACGGAAAAAAGGAAAAAAAAUACCACAUAAAACAAAAUAAAAUUAGAUCCGCAAUUUUUUUUAAAGAGACAACUUUUCCAGAAAAUUGCUCCUCAAGCGCAGGAUUGUGAGCACUUUUUUACGAGAGCGAAGCAAAGCCAGGUGUUGAGACGCCUGGACUUUAGUGAGAGUGUUCACAAGCGCAGCGGGAAAACUAUUUGUAAAGCACAAGAACAAUUUUGCCAGCCAGGAAACUUAAAUUGAAAGGUAAGUGGGAAUUGAGACAUUGGGGACUUUUUGAGGAACAAAAUGACUUUUCCUUGGCUUUAAAAAACACAUGGAAUUGAAGCUUUUCUCUGUCUGUCUUAUCUUUUUGGAGUUGCACCUGAUACACAUCAAGGACAAUUUUCACUCUGCCCAGCCACCCUGACCUUCACACCUUGACAUGUCUCUCUCUCGACUUGAUGCUGUGCAGUAGAAAACAGAAACUUGGACAUUUAGUUAUCUAUCCCAGCUCUCUCUCCCCUCUUUCCCAGUAGCUGCCUAAGUAUUUCACAACACUGUCCUCACCAGUCCAAGUGGCCAACAGAGGGUAUAUGAGGCCAAGUAAGCAGGCCCCAGGCAGACUCCAGGCAAACCCCAGGCAGGCUCCAGACUCAGGGUCUGUAGGUUAGAUGGAGAGGAGGAGUAGGAGAGAGAGUUGAAGAGGGGUGUGCCAUAGAGGUGGAGAGGUGUGGGGCAUAGAGGUGGAGAGGUGUGGGGUAUAGAGGUGGAGAGGGGUGUGCCAUAGAGGUGGAGAGGGGUGUGCCAUAGAG